AGCCUAGCUGUAGACGUGUUCGUCGUCGUCGUCGUCGUCGUCGUGCUGCAGCGACCGCCGCGAAUAUUUUAUACACAUUAUACAUUUAUAAAUAUAAUUCGCGUGCCUUGUGUCUCUCACGCUUGUGCGGCCGCUGCUGCACUACUGGGCCGCGUACCAGUCUCUAUCGUAUAUGCGUGUGUGCGCGCUUAUAACUCGUUUCUUGCCUCCUAUUCAUUUUUUAUGUAUCGGAUAAAUAAAUACUAAAAAAAAAAAAUAAUCCCUCGCUCGUGGGUCGGCAAAGGUCGAUUCGAAUACACGUCGCAACGUUUUAUUUUUUAUUUCUUUUAUUUAUUUAUUUAUUUUUCUUCGUUAUCGCGACCAAAAUUUGAAAAAAAAAUUGCACUCUCCCUCCGUCUUGCUUUGCACGACCAUAAGUGCCGGCGGUGUGUAGUCAGUAGUGUGACACGGUCUUACGCUCGUGUGUGUGUGUGUGUGUCGCGCCGCAGCUCUCGCCGAUGUUGCUGCUGCUGCUGCUCGCAGCUCGCUCCAGUCGUGUCUCUCCGUUCAAAACAACAUAAAUAUAACCAAGAAUCCAAGAACGUUCCAAACGAAGGAGAGAGAGAGACAGACAGACACGGUGGUGUAUAUCGAGAUAGAAAGUGAGAGAGCGAGAGAGAGAGUUGAAGGAUCCUUGUGCGGAUAGUAACAUAAGAGAUCGUGUGUCUACGCCCGCGCAACGACUUUUUUCUUCUCGUCGUCGUCGUCGUCCGAGUUCUUGGUUUUGUUUAUUUGAGAUAUAGUUGAAAAAAAAACGUUCUCCUCGCCAACGGUCUGCCGUCGCCGCCGCCGUCGUCGACGACGUCGUUGUUGAUCUUGCCAACAUAAAAAAAAAUACCUUUGAGGACAAAAACAACGCACGUAAACACACGUACACCAUGGCGGACGUCGACGCCAAAGUGAACAUGUCCCUCGAUGACAUUAUCCGAAUGGAAAAGAAGAAAAAAGCCAUGAACAACAAACGUGGCGGUGGAGGAGGUAACAAAAGUGGAAACAACCGCAAUAACCGGGCACGAAGCUCAAGCCGUGGUAGAAAAAAUCAACAGCAGCAGCACCGUAGUCGUUCUCAAGCUAGAGGUGGAGGUCAAAAUAACUACAGAGGACGUAGUAAUUCACGACAUCGAAACAAUCAAUACAACAAACGUGGUCAAUGGAGAAGGUAUGGCCAAAAUUUGCGUGGCAAAAGAUUUUCCAAUGGUUCAUUGGGUAGAAAUUCUUUGUCUAGAUCUAGAAGCAAUGUGACCUUAAACAGAAUUGGUCUUAGAACAAAUUCAAGAGGUAGAUCUACGUCACGAGCUACUUAUCAAAUAAGAAGAGGUAGCUUUAACAUGAAUCGCAGCAGAAGUAGAAGUCGAGGUAGAUUUAAUCAAUAUGAUGAUGGUAUUGGAGAAUACAAUGACUACAACAGUGAUUACCCUGGUGAUUAUGAGGGCGGUUAUGAUGAUCCAUCUAAUUUUCUGAAAAGAAUCAACAGUAUGCCAAAUUUGAGUGAUCCUGGUUCGGUCUACAGUAGGUUGGGCUAUCAAAGCCCUGCACAAAUGGCUUAUAGAAAUAAAGUUAAGGGUGCCAAAAACACUUUACUUCAAAGCCAGCACAAAGCUUAUAGAAUGCAAAAUGCAUUACAGGUACCAAAUAUAAUGCCACCACUGUCUUUCAAUAAUACGUCUCCAAGACAGUACAAUACAGCUACUAUAAGAGCUGAACAAUUAUUGAGAGCACAAAGGCGGGCAGCAUAUGAACAAAAACUCAUGAGGAUAAAUGCUCUUCAACAAAGAGGAACACCUGAACCUAUAAAUUACUUGGAGGAUUUAAAUGAAUAUGCACAAAGGCACCCAGCUAUGUCUCUUUACACAGCAUCACCGACACAAAGCUCUACAGCAUCGAAUGAACGGCGUGGCAGAUCCCCUUUCAGAAGAACACUUCCUUUAAAAGAACCUAAACUCGAACCCAACUACAGUGGACCACUACGCAGUCGCUCAGCCAGUAGAACGAGGCGCACACGUUCGAGAUCUCGGUCACGUUCUCGGGCACGUCAAGGUAGUGGAGUGAAUUCCAUCAGCUUAGUCAACGACGAUGAAAUUGAAGAUCGGUCCUUCAGCAAAGCCAUGUAUAGUUUGUCAGAUAACUUUGGUGUUACUGGUCGUACGCUAAACGACCGCUUCAGCGGGGUGACCACCCGACGCACACUCAACGAUCGUUUUAGUAUAUGUUAGGGUAACGGCGAAGUCAAUCUGUUGAACUGAGACUGAAUCAAGCUAGCAUAAAUUUGUAAUCUCUCAACUAUCAUGGAUGCAAGCAUCAUUUCUCAAAUUUCAUUUAAUAAUUAAAAGGUUGAGUUUUUAGUUCAAAGGAAUCGAUCAAGUAUCAGUUUGAUGGCAAUCUUUAAUAAUAGUUGCAAAUUUUGGGUUUUUAAAUAAUAAUUUAUUGAAGUAGGCUUUAAAUUUUUAGCUGGCUCUCUGCACUUGAGAAAAGAGGCAUUCGGCCGAAAGAUAAUUGAAGCAUUGAAGUAGAAACAACGAUUAAAUUCGAUUCAUUAGCUUUAUCUUAUUACAGUUUUAUGAUUGAGAAUAAAACUUACUUUUAAGAUUUGUUUUAAAUUUAAUUACCAGCAAUGGGCCUUUCUUUUUAUAAACUUUUUAAGUUACAAAAUAAUUUUUCUACUACAUGAAAGAUACAGAUGAGUUAUAACGGAGAGAUUUAAUCUCGCAUUGUAUGAUACUAUAAGCAACGGCCGCGAUAACGUAGCAUAUUUGGAGAAUUCAAAGUACAUUUCUCAAAUGUGUAUAAGGUGAUAAUAUGUAUUGAUUGUGUCGUUAUGAAAAUGUGCGAAUCAUACGUACAAUACACAGCAUACAUAGAUUUAUUACAAGUUAAGCAGCUUUUAGAAAAUAAAACAUGUAAAAUCAUUA